GCUGCGGGCUGUGUAACUUCCUAUGUUUACUACCGGGCAAGAUGGCGGCGCCCACGUAACGACAGCGCGGAGCACGCUGAGUUUAGAAUAAAAGCCUUAUUUUUCUUGAGAAUUCAAUCUGAAAACAAAUUUAAACACCAACUGAACAAACGAAAGUUUUUUUUUCGGUCGAUCGCCUACAUUGUAUCGAUUAAUUUAUCAUGUUGCACAGCGCAUUGGAAUCUGAAAGAGCUGUGAAAUGUUCACGAGCAUGCAUGUGUGUUUAGAGCUGCUGGUUAUCGUGUCGAUAGAGACAAAUCACGGGGAAACACAAGACCAUUGAUGCUUUUAGUGGAAGUAUAAGCAGUACAGUAAAGGCAUGCGGUGUGUGAAGGCAUUGCAGCUCACCCUUGCGGUCGUCAAACCAGAUGCUGUGGCCCAUCCGCUCAUUCUGGAGGCUCUUCAUCAGAAGAUUCUCGAAAACUUCAUUAUAGUCAGAAAGAAGGAUCUGAUGUGGAGAACAGAAGAUUCAGAAAAGUUUUAUGCUGAACAUGCAGGACGUUUUUUCUAUCAAAGACUGGUUGAAUUCAUGUCAAGGAUUGUGGACAUACAGUAUAUUUAUUCAGUUGAAUCUGCCAAGAGAGAGAUUUCAUUUUUCUUUCCAGAAUUCAAUGCAGAUGAGUGGAUGUCGAGGGAAGAGCCACGUUUUAGGUUGGGACUUACUGAAUAUGAUGAGGAGAGACAAAUUCAUACUCUCCAGGACACAUGCUGAUCACUGGUCUGAUGGUGCUUUUACAGGACUACAUGAAUAUGACUUUCACCGGAUGUUUCAGCAAUUGAUGUUUUCUCUGCAUUGCCAUGUUACACUUUUGUGACCACAAAAUAUCUCCACCGCAGCUCUGCCAACACUAUUCUAUUCAUUUGUAUGUGUUUUAUAUGUAUGUAUAAAUUAAUAUUUGUUCUAGCUUUGUAGUAGAUGUCAAUAAAUGUUUGCCUCAACGUAGCAAACUCUAAACACAG